UUUUUUUUUUUUUUUUNUCUGAACAAAAAUGGAAUCACAAAUGCAGCGGCCUUUGAAUCAUCAUCGUCAUGAACAAGAUCCACAUCACGCUUUUGAUGGUGAAGGUGAGCAAAGGAGGGAGCACAAGUCGGUGCUUAAAAAGGUGAAGGAUAAGGCCAAGAAAAUCAAGGAUAAAAUUACCAAGCAUGGCCAUUCCCAUCAACAUGAAGAUGAUGAUGUUGCCAAUCAUCCUCAACUCCAUGUGCAUGAAACUAGUGUUGCUAGGAGCAGUGAUGUCCCAACUAAGACAGGCACACAAAAUGUCACCAAUGAAGGUCGACCUGUCGGGCUAAGCCCAAUGGCACCCGAACCAAUAGGCCCAUUUGUCAAGGAAGAUGAGAAGCCCAGCAAACAUGAUACUCAUGAGGAAUCAAAGAUGAAAGUUGGGUCUCAAAUGGACUUAAAGGAGGAUCGUCACUCCACAAUACACGAUAUACUUGCAUCUAACUAUCAAUCCCAAGUCACACACCCGACAGUGUUCUCAGGUGGUAAAGGGGAAUCGGGAAAGAGUGGGACCCACGACCACCAAUUGACACCACCACAACAAAGCCAAGUGGGUGGGGGGCAGUCGAUAUCGGAGGUGGUAUCGGAGUAUGCGGAGAAGGUGGCAGAGACACUGAGGCCAGGGGAGGAGGACAGGGCCCUAUCUGAGGUGGUGACAGGGGCACUUUCAGGGAAAAAGGAGGAAGAGAAAGAGAGUAGGGUGAGGCAGUCUGCGGAGGUGACUGAGCGUCUGGGCCCAAUUGGAGGGAAGAGGGAAGGGGAGGAUGCAGGGUCCAGACGGCUCAGGAUUCUGCGGCCAAAGGGUCUUACUGUCAAGGGGGAAGAAGUUGAUGCGGAAGAAGAAGGAUUGGAGAUGUGCGCUUGUGAUUUGAGCACCAGAACGCCCAACGCGUUUCAGUCGAGCGACGCCGCGACGCGCAAGAACCCUGCGACCUGUUCGACCGAAGCCAGUCCCGACCAACUUCUCAGCCCAUUCGACUGUCCAACUGAUUUUGUGAUCAGGCAAUCUCCUUCAAAGGAAAUCCAAAACGUCUCAGAGUCGGCACUUUAUUAA